AUGGACAAGUUGGAGUUGCAGGGGCAGUGGCACUCGUUGAAGCAGCAAGUAGGAGAGGAGCCCCGGCGCUAUCUCACAGGAACAGCAAUACAUCGCCAGAAACUAGAAGCUUACGGUUGGGUGCAAUCCGAUCAUGAUGCUAACGUCCACUAUGUACGCAACCUUCUGCCCGAUUUCCAUGUGCAGAGGAGCGUGUUGUUGGCGCAUUCGGAGGUCAGGAUGGAAUUGUUAGAGAAGGUGAUUCUGACUGCCUGGGCGGAGACGGAGGCCGCUAGGAAGAGGGCGUCGGAGAGCGUGGGGGCGUAUGCCCUCGUCACUGGCGGUGACAACCGUGGUGGCGGGGGCGGGAACAUGGGGGAUAGGGGGAAGACGAGAGGACAACGGAGGACGGCAGCGCGGCAACAGCAGCAACAACCGCAGCAGCCACAGCAGCAGCAUCAGCCGUACUUCAAGCAGCAGCAACAGCGGGGUUGGGGAGGUCCCUCGGGCGGCCAAGGUGCGAGCUACGGCAGAAGGCACGGGCCCCUGCAUGGGGGCCGGGGCUUUUCUGGAGGAGGACGUCAUCAGCAGCAGCCGGUAGGAGGAAGAUUCGGGGGGCGUGGCGCCGCUUCCGGUGGGAGGGGCAGGGGCCCUUUCCACCAGGGACCGCCGGGCAGCGACCUCCCCGCCUACCCUGUGCCUCAGCGUGGCUACGACUAUAGCGCCUACCCCCCCCACAUGUACCGCCCCCAGGAAAAUGAACUUCCCAUCCACCCGAAUGACCCUCGCGAAGGGGAAGAAGGCGGGCGUGCCUUACCAAUCGGGCACGCGCGCGGAGCGGCCGCACGAUCUUUGGCAUCUCGAUCUGAGUGGGCCGAUGACGGCCCGCUGGGGGAGUCGUUUUUCAUGAUCAUGUUCGGGGACAGCUUCCGGCAGUGGAUGAAGCUGUACGGGAUGAGGCGCAAGUCGGACACUCUCGCCUUCGUCAAGAAGUUCCUCGCCGACGUGAGUGGCACGGGUGUCCCUCGCUCUUUCCGGAUGGACAACGGGGGGGAGUUCAUCAGCCGUGACUUCAUCGCCUUCUGCGACAACGCCGGCAUCCGCCGUACGUACACGGCGCCGGGCACCCCGCAGCAGAAUGGUCCGGCAGAGAGUGCGAUCUGGCGCGUGAACAAGGCCGGCCACGCCGCUCGUCUCGAGGCACGCCGCCUGUUCCCCAAGAUCGACUUCACCCGCGUCCAUGGCUUCGGACGCGAUGGCGAGCGACUUUGGCUAGAGUCGUGUCACUGGGCUGCCGGCGGCUUCAACCGUUCUCCGACCAAGGCAAACGUCGGGUACAAGUUGCCGCACGAGCUCUUCACCGGUCGCCCACCCCCGCUCCAGAUCGUCCCGUUCUUGCAGCCGAAGUACAUGCGUGUGACGCGCGCGCGGAAGAUGGAUCCUCAGGCAGUGUUGUGCUGCUACCUCAACAACGGCGACAACCAUCCCGAGUCGGCGGUCAAGGUCCUCAAGUUCGCGACGGGGCGCGUGUGCAUGGCGAACAACGUCAUGUGGGUCUCCGACCGCGCGCCGUUGCUGACCCCGCCGCUGGAGAUGCCGGCGCCGGCGGACGAGGGGGGGGAUUUGGAUGUCCCCGCCGCACCAUUUCUAAUAGCGCCGCCGGCAACUCUCACACCACCAUCGCCGGCGGCACCGUCUACCGCAGCCACACCACCGCCACCGGUCACCGCGCCGCCUGCAACACCGUUCGCCGCCGCGCCACCGUUCACCACCACUGCAACACCGUUCGCCACCGCGCCACCGUUCACCACCACCGCACCGCCUGCAACGCCUUUCGCCGUCGCGCCACCGUCUCCCGCCGUCGCGCCGCCCGGUGCCGCGCCAUCGACCAAUAUGCCGCCGCUCACUACGAGGACCAUCCGUGAACUGGACGUGGGGCGCGGGGACAUGAGGGUUUCUGCGCGCACAAGGGCAGCCGCUAAGGACCAAGGGGGGGGGCGGGCGUCGUCAAUGCCGCCCCUCUCUGCCAGGGCCAAUCGAGAGCUGGACUUGGGACGAGGGACGCGGGUGCCAGGGAGGUUGAGGGUUCGGGGGGACAAGGCAACGCUCCUGUCGACUCUCACCACUCGCAGCGUCGUCGAUGGGGGGAGAAAGGAGAUCCCGAGUUCAGCCGGAGGACGUGAAGUAGCGGAGCCGGAGGGGCGAGAGCGGGGAGGCCCGAAACAGAAGGACUCGAUGGCGUGUGAGCAAAAUCUUUCUCUUCUUCAUUUUGACAUCAAGCAAGCAUUUGUCCAGUCGGAUUUGGAUGAGGAUGUUUUCAUGCGUCUGCCAGAGGGGUGUGGUAGAUUGUCAGGGUUGAAGCUUUCAGAGUUUGACCAGGAUGAGGAAGUGGUAUCAUGGCCUUUUCGUGAGCUGAUAGGAUCAUUGAUGUUGCUGGCGACGCAAACGAGGCCAGAUAUCGCGAAUGCAGUAAGAGCGGUAGCACAGUAUUGUGCUUCUCUCAAAGAAAUUCAUUGGAGAGCAGGUCGUGGUAUUUUGGGGUACGUGGUAAGGACUAGUGACACGGGUAUUACAUUCAGGAGGGGCAGUGUAGCAGGGUUGAGCAUGGAGGUGUUCGCAGACGCAGACUAUGCAAGUAAGGCUGCCGAUAAGAGGUCUGUGUCAGGAGGCUUGGUGAUAUGUUGGGGGGGAUGUGUUUCUUGGUUUUCAAGGACGCAAAAGUGCGUUCCGUUGAGUACGACAGAGGCGGAGCACGUCUCCCUUGCGGAUGUGAUGAAGGAAGUGUUGUUUCUGAGGCAGGUAUGGCGUUUGAUGUUGCCAGAAGCAGGUAUGCCGUUUAUUCCGGUAUUCGAGGAUAACCAGGGGGCUAUUCAGUUGGCGAAGAACCCGAUUAGCAACAGUAACUCGGAGCACAUCGACGUAAGGCACCACUUUAUCAGGGAACUGGUAGGCAGGAAGGAGAUUUCGAUUUUUCACGUGGAAUCGGCGUAUCAACAUGCUAACUUCCUCACGAGGCACUUCACGUCGGAGAUUUUGAGUUUCAUAGUAAUUUCGUGA